CUGCUCACAUGCACGCACACCCCCACACUGUUAUUAUUGUUUGCUCUUGUCAUUACUCUUUGGAGAUCCGAGUCGCGCGGAAAAUGUUUGCUUACAACUAGUCCUGAGUCGAAACUAUUAAAAUUAGCCAUCUCAUCCGUUCGGUGAAUGCGAAGCAAGUGUACAGUCGGUGCGGGAAUGAGCUAGACACCCGUUGGUUCUGAUAGUUUUGUUAUUGUUGCAGGAGAGGCGGCCAAAAAAAAUCUGUGCUAACAAAAACAAAGGUUCGUAGGACGAGUCUGCCAUGAGCCGUCUCCUCGAGAAGCCCAACAUCGCCAUGUCCAUCAAGUCAACGGGUAGUCAGCUGUCGAGCUCUGUUUCAGCGACGGCAGCGACGACGUCCUCGGACCUGGAUGAUGCCGACGGAGAGAGCACGUCCCGCAUAACUCCGCACUCCUCCACCGCACCAGAACUAACCUCUCCACCCGCCAGUUCAGCCACAACCAGAGCCUCAUCCACACCUAUGCGCCAGAAAAUCGACCAGGUGGUGAUAAGCCUGGUGUCCGGGGCGGCGGCAGGAGCUUUGGCCAAAACAGUAAUCGCGCCGCUGGACCGGACAAAGAUCAACUUCCAGAUCCGCAACGAUGUCCCCUUCUCGUUCCGAGCCUCGAUGGUCUAUCUGCAGAACACAUACACCAAGGAGGGGGUCCUGGCACUGUGGAGGGGGAAUUCAGCCACCAUGGCGAGGAUUAUACCCUACGCGGCCAUACAGUUUACGGCGCACGAGCAGUGGCGCCGCAUCCUGCAAGUGGACAAGGAUGGCUCAAACACGAAGGGUCGGCGCUUUUUGGCGGGCUCCCUGGCGGGUAUCACCUCGCAGUCGCUUACGUAUCCUUUGGAUCUGGCUAGAGCACGCAUGGCCGUCACGGACCGGUACACAGGCUAUCGAACGCUGCGGCAGGUCUUUGUCAAGAUCUGGGUAGAAGAGGGGCCAUCGACGCUAUUUCGGGGCUACUGGGCAACUGUGCUUGGUGUAAUUCCGUACGCCGGCACCUCCUUCUUCACCUACGAGACACUGAAACGUGAAUAUCAAGAAAUGGUUGGAAGCAACAAACCCAAUACUCUGGUCUCGCUAGCUUUUGGGGCUGCGGCAGGUGCUGCCGGUCAGACGGCCAGCUAUCCAUUGGACAUUGUGCGAAGAAGGAUGCAGACGAUGCGGGUAAACACAGUUCAGGGCGACCGCUAUCCCACCAUUCUGGAGACGCUAGGGAAGAUCUACCGCGAGGAGGGCAUCAAAAACGGCUUCUACAAGGGACUUAGUAUGAAUUGGAUUAAGGGCCCCAUUGCAGUGGGUAUUAGUUUCUCCACUUACGAUAUGAUUAAAGCCUGGCUCAUAGAGCUGUCACAUAUGAGGGAGAACAGACACAAGGACUAGCAUGGGUUGUCACGAACUGCGUCCAUUUCCCCUGAAAAACACACCAAAAACGCACUGCUUUGUCCUCAAGUCCCAUGAGAUGGAUGGAAUUCUUAGAGCCGAAGUGCAGCACCGACAUGCUCUAAUUGUUAGAUAUUUUUAGUUGUUAGAUGUGAGAGGGAAGUGAUAGAGGACGUCCCAGCAAGCGCUUACCUUUGUUAUUAACCAAACUUGAUUUAUUAUUGCUUUAAGCCUAAAGUAUGUCAGCCAAUAAACUGUCUGUAUAUCGACUCGCCGGAUCCUACUACUCCUAUGGCUCGAGAGCGAACUCGGGGCUAGUUGGCAAUCAAUGGUGUUACUUGGACAAUAACUCCUUCGUACACGUACACGUUCACUAAUGGAUUGUAUUUUAUAUUGUGAUUAUGCUCUUUCGGUGUCAAUCAGCUUGACUGUAAAAAUUGCCAUUUAUACGAGUGUUCACCAGCGAAAUCAUCUUAUGCACAUACGAUAAAAAUUGUACUCUAGUGUGUUUUUAUAACUAAAAUAAAUUUGAAAAAUUGUUAAA